AUGCCUCGUAAGCAGUUCAAGGCCGAUUUGGACGAUGCCAUCAGAGGCAACCACGGCGUCGAAUACAUCGACAACUGUUGUAUCCUUGAGGACGACUUUACAUUUACCUUUACUCACCCAACACUCGCAUCACCAGUCACAAUCACCGCCAGCGUUCCAGAGCAAUCCGACUAUCCCACUGCUCAUUACUACAGUCUCUUCUGCGAGGACAACGCAUCCAAGGAUGUUGCCGACAUCAUAGACAGCCUUGGCCAGCCAGCAAGCAUGACUAUCAACCAGUUCCUCUCCCAUGUCUCGGGCGCUCUUUCUGGCUCAACUGACCCCGCGUCUGAUGCAGAGCCAUUGCAAGACCACGACUCGGAUGACGACCUUGAUGACGAUGAUGAAGACAUCUAUGGUGGAGGCCUUGACAACAACCCUUCACAGCCCGUCUUUGCCAUGCCUACCAAGACCACCCGCGCAGACCCAUCGAGUCAGUUCCAAUCCCGCAUCCGCAGCGAUCUCAGACAGGCCAAGAAUGCCGGUUUCAAGAUCGCUUGCUUUGGUGGUCUUCUCGAUAACUACAGCUGUGUCAUUUCGGUAUCCGUCUCUGCCCGCAAGCUCGGCAUCUCGGAAGAGGCUAUGCAGGCCUGGCGCAUUGAGCCUUCCGACUACAUCAUCUUACUGAUCCAGUACAAGGAAGGUUACAAGACCAAGGAAGAACUGCUCACUCUUGCCCCAGCCUCUGUGCCCACACAUCUAGACAUGCGCGUGGGCGCCUCCAAGAACUACAAACCAACACAAGAACAAGUCAUCAACGCCUUCAACGCCACUGGUACACCAACCACUCCAGACAGUGGCUUGACACAAUAUCGUGACACUUUCAUCUCCAAACCUCUCAAGGAUCUCUUGUCCGAGCGACUUGUCUACGUCGUACGCUACAGAGAUGCCGGCAUGUCGUGGCAGGGCGCCGAGGACUCGUACAGAAUGAGGCAGGCCGACCCCGACGCAGACGUGUGCGCUGUUGCUCGACAUUUCGAGCAGGAAGAAGCGCCAAGUUACCCUGCUAUUGUUAAUGCGGACCACCUGGAUGAUCGCUCUGCAACGCACUCCUUCCCUCUCGCCGCUGUGCAAUUCACGCUGCGCCACUUCGUUCGCUGUACGGAGUUCUGUCUCGUCUGCCACAAGAAACUUUCCACUUUGGUCGAAGCACUCAAGCCUUACGUUUGCGAUGAACCCCUCUGUCUUUAUCAGUACAUGACUCUCGGAUUUGGUCCAUCGAUUGAGCACGAGAUCAUGCAUCAAGACAAGGUCGUUGACUUGCUCCUGAGCUUUUGCUACAGCAGCGCCUCUUUGGGAAGACUCAAGGACUUCCCUACUGGUCUUGCUCUGAGCUUGCCCCGUUCUAUCGCCUUGCCAAUACAAUCACAGGCUCGCCCAAACCUCAACAUAUCUGUGCAACCCUCAGUGCCUUCUCCAUUAGCGUCUGAGGGUCGACUCCAGGCUCGCUUUGACAUGAGCAAGUCUGAGAUUCUGUUCGAAGACGCAAACUCAGCUUGUCCUCUCAAGAAAGGUGAUUGGAUCGUUGUCGAGCUGCCGGACGAAAUGGGAAGCCCCAUGUUCCAUUGCAGAAUCCAAGACACGCUCGGGCCCUCUGCUAAAACCGGCCCUCUGAUCGGACAAGGCACCCAGAAGGAGUCCAGCACUGCUAGAUGGUCCACGGCCUUUAUCGACAAGUACAACACCAACUUUGAUGACUUGUCCGAAGCCAACAAACGCGGUGCUGUACAGCGUCUGCUGGCUUUGCUUCCAUCGGUUCAAAGUAUGAAGACCUACCUCCAGGAACAGAGUACACCAGACCUGUCUCGAUGGGUCGAUACCAUUUCACCGGCUGCACUAUCCAUCUUACGCUGGACUUUGGCCUCGAAUCGUUCCUGUAUUGUCGAGGUCGAACAACACAAGGCGGUACAUGGUAUGUCGGGGUACGUUCAAUUCCGCUUCGCUAUGGGUGCACCCGACAAGGAAGCUCGUUUCUUGAAGGCUGUCAAGGAGACCGCAGCCCGACUCAAGUCCAAAUAUCCAACAUUCUACGCCUGGCACGGUAGCGGUCUUCAGAAUUCGCACAGUAUCAUCCGCGAGGGUUUACAUUUCAACGAGACCAUCAAUGGCCGCGCCUUCGGGAAUGGGGUUUACCACUCUCCACAUUACGCUACAUCACUUGGUUACUCUAGCAUGCACUACCAAGGAAGUGUACCAGGACCAUACAUGUGGCCAAACUCGGGCUUGCAGAUCUCGGGAGCCAUGGCUCUCAAUGAGAUCGUCAAUGCGCCUAACGAAUUUUUUGACCAGCUGCCAGAGCACAAGCUAGAGCAGGACCCUAGCCGCAUCCCGACCGGCGAGAAAUCACAGAUAGUCAUUCCAGCACUGCGUGUCGUCAAGGCUGUGAAGCGUAAGCUGACCAGUUCCAAGUCGCCUGGUCCGAAGAAGACGAAGAAGGUCAAGAAAGGCCUGUGGAGUAAAAUUACCACAAAGACGCCAGUGGUUGACUUGACAAGCGACGCCGAUGAUGAUGUGGAGCUCUUCUUCGACGAUAGUGAGCUAAGCGAUAGCUUGAGCGUGGCAACCGACGAUGAAGACCGCGAGAUCUUUGAAGAGUCUUCGUCCUCACAGGAACUGGCUCUUAGAACAGGCCGGCCACAGACCAAUUUCGUUCCAGGUACACUGAGCCAUGACCAGCUUCCUAAGCUACCAACGCCCUCGUAUGCCAACUCCAUAGCGAACAAGAGGCUCUCACAAGAUCUGAAGGCCCUGCUCGAUGUCCAGAACAACACACCGCUUCAUGAGCUUGGCUGGUACAUUGAUCCUAGCAAAACUGACAACCUGUACUGUUGGAUAGUUGAACUACAUUCGUUCCACAUGUUCAACGAAGGAAGUCGUGUGCUGCCGCUUGUCACCGACAUGAAGAAUCACAACGUCAUGAGCAUCGUCCUUGAACUCCGCUUUCCCGGCUCCUACCCCAAUAACCCGCCAUUCAUUAGAGUUGUCCGCCCUCGCUUCCUUCCCUUCAUGAACGGCGGCGGCGGUCACGUCACUGCAGGAGGUGCUAUCUGCCAUGCCGUUCUCACCACUGACGGCUGGCUACCCACUAACACCAUUGAUUCUGUCCUGUUGCAGAUCCGCCUGGCCAUGGCCUCGACCGACCCCAAACCUGCACGCUUGCAGAUCAGGGGCACAUAUGCCGAUGGUGACUCCAACUCGUAUGGCACUAGAGAGGCCGUCGAAGCUUACAAGCGUGCUUGCAUGGCUCAUGGAUGGACUGUCCCUGCCGACUUUGACCAGACUGUUGCCGAAGAGCCGCAGCAGCAUUAA